GCUGCAUAUGACCGGGCAGAUAGACAGUAUACAGGGCAGUUGACUUUAUGAGAUCGUUUUAAUUAUAGGCUCCCUUACUUGACACUUACGCGAUCACAACAAUGCCAUUUUGAGAAAUGUCGUUGAGGAAGAAAAGGUAUAUAAGGGCCUGUGUCGGUGGUCGAUAUCGGUUUCUCAUCAUCAUCAAAAACCAUCUCUCUUAUAUAUAUUUCACUUUCAGCUCUUGCAUAUUUUUCCACUCCGUCAUUCGUUUCAACUGUAUAUUGUGCACUUUCGGUACUUAAUUCUUAAUUAGAACAAAAUGCAACUCUCCAUCGCUACCCUCACUGCCAUCGUGGUCACCCUGGCCAACGCCGCCCCCAUCUCCCCGGCUGACCAAAUCGCUGCCAUCGUCGACGGCAAGCCUCUCCCCCAGCACCCCGCUCACCACGAGGUCAACAAGGACAACUCCAAGGACGUUGUCGACCUCCUCGGUCACGCCCAGCUCGUCAACGGCGAUGGUCUCAACGUCCUCGGCGGCAAGGCCAACGGCGGCAUUUCCAAGCGUCAGGAGCUCGAGCGCCUCUACCCCGAGCACUACGGCAGCGUCGAGUCGAGCAAGGACAACAGUGAGGACAUCCUUGAUGUUCUUGGCCACGCUAAGCUCCUGAACGGCAACGCCAUCAACCUCCUUGGUGGCAAGGCUAAUGGCGGUAUCUCGAAGCGUCAGCUUGGUGCUCUGGAUGGUUUGCUCGGCGGUGGAUCGCGCAAGCGCCAGGUGAGCAGCGACAACAGCAAGGAUGUCGUCGAUGCUCUUGGUCACGUUCAGGCUCUGAACAAUGAUGGUAUCAACGUUCUCGGUCACUCCGCCAACGGCGGCAUCGGCAAGCGUCAGGUCAGCAGUGACAACAGCAAGGACGUUGUUGACGCCCUCGGCCACGUUCAGGCUUUGAACAACGAUGGCAUCAACAUCCUUGGCGGCAAGGCCAACGGUGGCAUCGGCCGACGCCAGGUCAAUAGUGACAACAGUGCUGACGUCGUCGAUGCUCUCGGUCACGUCCAGGCCCUGAACAACGAUGGUAUCAACGUUCUCGGUCACUCCGCCAACGGCGGCAUCGGCAAGCGUGGCAACAAGGACAACAGCCAGGACGUCGUCGACCUCCUGGGCCACCUCCAACUCCUCAACGACAGCGGCCUCAACGUCCUCGGUGGCUCCGCCAAUGGCGGUAUCGGCAAGCGCUCCGACAUCGACAACAGUGAGGAUGUCGCCGACGUUCUCGGCCACGCCAAGCUCCUCGACAACGAUGGCAUCAACGUCCUCGGUGGCUCUGCUAACGGCGGUGCCGCGCACAAGCCCGAGCCCAAGCCCGUCGUCAUCAAGGAGAAGGAGCAGCACCACCCCGAGCACCACCCCGAGCCGGACCACGUCUCCAUCGUUGGACCUUCUUUCGAGGCUAACCAGAUCCAGCAGGUUCGUCAGCAGAACCACCAGUAAGAUGGUGCGUCUCGCGACUGUAGGAAUAUAUAGGGGCGGGUAGCCUCCGG